AGGAGAUCAGAGCGGAGUUUCAGCGCGCGCCAGGAAACAGCGAACCCCAGAGUCUCACCUUCAGCCGCUGUGUGUGUGUGUGUGUGUGUGUGUGUGUGUGUGUGUGUGUGUGUGUGUGUGUGUGUGACGGAGCAGGAGGGUGUGGUGAAGUGGACAUACAGCGCGAGCGUCUGGAGAGAGACGGAUAGACGGCGGUGCUGAUCUGCGCGCGCGCCAUGGCUUCUUUUCAGAGUAAAGGCGAGCUGCGGCACGCGGACUGGAUGUCCAACCUGCCCUCCAACCUGCACACACUCCCCCUCACCAACCUCGCCAUACCGGGUUCCCAUGAUUCCUUCAGUUUCUACAUUGAUGAAGCAUCUCCUGUUGGACCUGAACAGCCUGAAACAGUGCAGAAUUUUGUCUCAGUUUUUGGAGCUGUGGCUAAAAAGCUCAUGAGGAAGUGGCUUGCAACACAAACCAUGAACUUUUCCAGCCAGUUAGAGGCCGGGAUUCGCUUUUUCGACCUUCGCAUCUCCACCAAACCGCGAGAUCCUGAAAAUGAGCUUUACUUUGCCCAUGGGCUUUUCAGCGCGACGGUACGUGAAGGUUUGGAGCAGAUCAGUGCUUUUCUCGCUUCUCAUGCUCGAGAAAUCGUCUUUUUGGACUUUAAUCAUUUUUAUGGUGUGCAGAACCUGCACCAUGAAAAGUUGGUCCAGAUGUUGCGAACCGUGUUCGGCGAUCGUCUCUGUCCUGUGGUUUUUGCUGAGGAAGUAAGUCUGAAGUAUUUAUGGGAGAAAGAGUAUCAAGUGUUAGUGUUUUAUCACAGCCCCAUGGCACUAGAGGUGCCAUUUCUGUGGCCAGGUCAGAUGAUGCCUUCUCCAUGGGCCAAUACCACUGACCCAGAAAAACUCCUUCAGUUCCUCCAGACCUCAGUGACUGAGCGCAGACGGAAAGGAACAUUUUUUGUUUCCCAGGUGGUUCUGACACCCAAAGCGAGCACUGUAAUGAAAGGAGUUACCAGCGGACUUCGAGAGACCAUCACAGAAAGAGCUCUUCCGGGGAUGAUGCAGUGGAUUCGCUCUCAGCGUCCAGGCGAAAGUGGUAUCAACAUUAUUACAGCUGAUUUUGUGGAGCUUGGUGAUUUCAUAAGCGCUGUUAUUACUCUUAAUUACUAUCUCGGUGAGGAUGAUGAAGAAGAUGCCACCUGAACCCCUCUCUUCAAGUUGCACUUAUUGUUUUCAUCUGGUAGUUUUAAGUUUUGAAAAGUCGCCUUUCCCUCUGGUUUUAGGGCUAAUAAAAGAUAUGGAGGGCAUACAUUUUGGAAAUUUGGAAGGCAGGAAUAAUGUGUUAGGCAUGCGCCAUUUAUCAGGUCCAUGACAUAUCCUUACCUUUUACACCCAUCAUUUUGUCAUCAUAGAGAUUUUUAAGUAGCAUAGCUGCUCAGGAGGACUCCUUGAAAAGAGAGAACAUUUUUCAAAAUGUAGAAUAAGGAAGGUCAUCUAAAGGUGAAUUUUGGACAGAUUUGGAUCAAUGUUUCGAUUUUGAGAAGAUAAUGAGUUCAUUGUAUCUCUUGGAAGAGAGUAAAUAUGAAACACAGUUCAGUUCCCCAGAGCAUGUCUGAUUUUGAAGGAAAUGAACGAUGAUAUAACAUUAUUUUACUCACUUUUCUCUGCAUCCUGUCUGCAGCAUUACUAGCAUAUUAGCUUCUGAUCAGUAACAUUAUUAGCACAUUUCAUGGUGAAUAAAUGUUGUUUGUAUGGUAAAUGUGAUAGUAGAAGGUUUCACUGUUGUAGUGUUGGUAAUGUGUGUGUGAGUGUUGAUUUGUAAAUACUUUGAGAAAUUAGAUGAAUUAUGUCAUGCCAAAAAAAAAAAACAAAAAAAAAAACAGGCUAUACUUAGUAUAGGAAUAAGUGUUUAAUGAUUUAUGAUAAUUCCUGGGAAUUACCUGACCGUUUCAGUAUGUGAUGCUAUCGGCUAGCGGUUUCUCCAGUCCUAUAUUUCCACAUCUCAGAACAGUGUUAAAAAAAUUUGUAACACAUUUCAAGCAAUGUGCUGCACCUAAAAAUGUGUUAUUGUGGUUUGAUGUCAUUAUUUUUUAUCUCUUUAGCAUAGCAUAAACAAAAAAAUAUAUUUUGAGAUUUUAUUAUCACAGUGUGAUAACGCUACAAAAUAUUCCUAAAAUUAUUUUUUUGGUACAGUUUUGUAUUUGGUUUGAAUAUUUGAUAAAGAAGUAAAUCCUGGCUAAUAUCAAUUUAAUGCACAAAAGAUGCAUGACUGGAAUUUCCCUAUUAAAUUCUAGGGUUAGUCUCCUCAUCCAAGACUAUUACCCCCAACCAAGUCCAUACACAAGAUUACUGCCCUCACCAAGUCCAAUAUAUCCAUGAUUACCGCCCCCUCAACCCAGGCUGCUACUGCCCUCAACAAGUCCACUAUACCCAUGGCUACUGCCCCCCAAACCCAGGCAUCUACUGCCCUUACUAAAACCACUAUACUCAAGACUAUUGCCCCUCCCCAAUAUAGGCUUCUACUGCACUCACCAAUCCACUAUACUAAAGACCAUUACACCCAACAUAGGCUUCUCCUGCCUCCACCAAGGCUACUAUACCCAAGACUACUGUUCCUCCAACCCAGGCUUCUACUGACUUCACCAAGACCACUAUACCCAAGACUACUGCCCCCCACAUAGGUUUCUACUGCCCUCACCAAGUCCACUAUACACAAUACUAUUACCCCCAGCAUAGUCUGAUACUGCCCUCACCCUAACCCUAACCCUAACCCUCACCAAGUCCACCCUACCCAAGGGCUUUACCCCCAACCCAGGCAUCUACUGCCUUCACCAAGACUACUAUACACAAGACUACUGCCUCUCCCACAUCAUAUGCUUCUGCUGCCUUCACCAAGACUACUAUACACAAGACUACUGACCCCCACCCCAACCCAGGCUUCUACUGCCUUCACCAAGACUACUAUACACAAGACUACUGCCUCUUCCCCAUCAUAGGCUUCUACUGCCUUCACCAAGACUACUAUACACAAGACUACUGCCUCUUCCCCAUCAUAGGCUUCUACUGCCCUCACCAAGACUCUAUCCAAUAAAAAAGUUCACUAUCUCUGACCAAAACUGCUGUUCCCCAGCCAAGACUUUUUAACUCCCCAUACCACUACCCUUUAACCAAAACUGCUAUACCCCAAGACUCAGUCUCCCUAUCCGAGACUUCCGUUGUACUCCCCAAGGCUGCUAUUUUUUUUUAAAUAGACUUUAAGACAGCUACCCCUAAUCUAGAAUGCCCUCAUAGCAACCAUUAUCUUGUAGUGUUAAUCCUGUCCUGUUAUUUUUAGGAUGAUUGUUGAAUGUAUGGUGUAUCUACAUUUCGUGUUUGUAAACAAUGUCCUAACUUUUUGUCCUUUCUCUAAUCCUUUUACUCUUCUCAGCUCUCCGUAAGAUUAAAGUGCUGAAGAUUGUUUUGACUUUAUUUUCCAUAAUUGCCCCAUUUGGCCAAAAUUAUUUAUUCAAAUGGAGCAGCUUUUUAAAGUGUUUAUUAAACUCAGUAUUGAAAAUCUGUGCAAAAAAAAAAUAUAUGAUAAAAUCUCGGUUUGUUGUAAUGACAAUCACUUUAAGAUGUCAGUGUGUGACUGGAUCGUAAGGUGUUGUUGGAGUGUUUUUGCAUGUUACCACUGAAGUCCUAUUUUACACUUAUUUGUAAAGAUUUAAAUUGUUGUGUCUAAAUGCAACUUCCAAAAAAUGGGUGAAAACUCCAAAACUCUUCUGGUGUAAAUAAAAGUAAAUGUAAAUGAUG